CAUAAAUCAAUGACAAACAGAGGACGCAGCUAGUAAAAACUACUCGCUGUUCUCAAGACUUGAGAAGCACAGUUAAAACCAGAGAAGGGUUUCUGACGAAGGUGGAAAUCAGGAAAUGGCGUCAGGGGGAGGAAGAACACUGGAAAUAGAGAAGAUGAGCGUAGAGCAACUAAAGGCACUGAAGGAACAAGCCGAUCUAGAGGUGAACCUACUUCAAGACAGCCUCAACAACAUCCGCACUGCAACUACUCGCCUCGAAAUCGCCUCUAAUGCCCUUCAAGAUUUAUCUCUCCGCCCUCAAGGGAAGAAAAUGUUGGUGCCUUUAACAGCGUCUUUAUAUGUGCCGGGGACCCUAGAUGAUGCUGAUAAGGUUUUGGUAGAUGUUGGCACUGGAUAUUUUAUCGAGAAAACCAUGACUGAAGGAAAAGAUUACUGUGAGCGGAAAAUCAACCUGCUAAAGUCCAACUACGAGCAGCUUCUUGAUGUUGCAACGAAGAAGAAAAGUAUUGCUGAUGAAACUGGUGUGAUCUUGCAAGCUAAAUUGAGACAACUUGCUCCUCCAGCACAAUAAAUCACAUUUUUUUUCCGGGGUGGGGGUGUGGGGUGUGGGGUGGGGGUGGGUGGGUGGGUUGCCUACUUACAAGGUAUUUAAAAAUGAUUUCUGUCGAGUUGCCUUUGUUGAUAACUCAACGAGUUCAUGCACCUCAGACUUAAUGAGCACCAAAUUCUGUCUAAAUUAGUAUUGCUUUAGUAGAAGUUCAACAAGUGUUUAUUCCUCCAGUUCACCCACACUUUUCCCCUGUUCUUUGCCUUUUCGCAAGAAGUGGAUGCUUGAUCAUCUGUGUCGUUGUAGCAACAUUGGUUGAUGACUCAAAAGUUAUGAUUUACCUUGGAAUGUACUUUAGUGAGUGAAGCCAUGAUGCAGUUCUACUUAUACUGCAACUCAAGUUUCGAAUUCAACUAAUGUAUGUGUGUUUUGAUGAGGAAAGGUGUUGGUACAUUAAACUUGUGAACUUAAACAAGGAUUCUCUAAUAUCAUCACGGAGGGAAUUCUUGUAGAUUCCUCCCUGCCCAUGAUAUCUGAUCCUUUCAUUAUUGUUGUUAUUGUUA